CAUGUUAAGCUGAGGGAGGAGUGCUGUUUAUGGGGCACAAUAUUGAACAAAAUCUUAUGUUCUUUAAUUAACUUUGACCUGCAGAGAAUAACGUGAGGAUGGAUGUUUCUCCUGAAACAAAACUGAACAAUCAGUCAGCAUGUAGUUACAAAAGUUUUGCUGGUGCGACUCAAUUGUCUGACGGCUUAUCACCCCGUGACUUCACCUGUGACCUGAAUAAAAACCACGGUUAUACAGAUCUGAGCCAUCUCCCUAAAGAAAUUCCUCUGAGAGAGAUGGCCUCUGGCAGCCCAAAUCCGUCUGGCCAAAGCCUUUCCAACCUCAAAGAGUCAGAGAAGGACUGUUGCAGUCAGGACAGCCUCGUGCCUCUGUAUGCUGUAUCUACCAUCUUUGCAGCUGGAGUGACCCUUGCUUUGAUUCUGCAUUUUUUUCUUGGGGAAAGACUGGUGUUUGUUAAAGGUGUGUUGGUGUCGGAUCACGAGCGCUGCACCGCCCUCGGUCAAACGGUCCUCCACGAUCGUGGAUCGAGUGUAGAUGCAGCCAUCGCUGCUGCCCUGUGUUUGGGUGUCGUGCACCCACAUGUGUCAGGCAUUGGUGGAGGAGGGGUGAUGCUGGUUCAUGACAUCCAUAAGAAUGAGACCAGGGUGAUAAAUUUUCAGGGAACUGCACCUAAAACACUCAAAGAGGAGAUACAGCAAAAUGUUUUAGAGCUUGAGGCAGGUCUACAAGUAGGCGUGCCAGGUCUGCUCAGAGGAUUACAUCAUGCUCACAGCCUCUAUGGGAGUCUGUCAUGGGAGGAUGUGGUCACCAGAGCCGCUGCUGUUGCCAAAGAAGGUUUCAAUGUGACUUUCAGUCUUGCUGAGGCUAUAUUGAAGGUAAAAGGUGAGCGGCUACCACAACGUUUCAGAGGGACGUUUUUCCCAGGCGGCCGAGCUCUGCGUCCUGGUUCAUUUGUGAAGAUGCCCCUUCUGGCAGGAGUCCUGGAAGCUGGUCUGUCAAACUUUUAUGAUGGGAACUUCUCUCAAGAGAUAGUGGAUGAGGUGCAAGCAAAUGGAGGGGUCUUGAGCAGAGAGGACAUCAGCAACUACACUGUAGAAGUUGAGCAACCAGUUGAAGGCCUGUAUAAUGAGUUUAUAAUCCAAGUUCCUCCUCCUCCAUCUGCUGGUGCAGCACUGAUAUCAGCUCUCAAUUUGUUAGAGGGCUUCCAUCUCAAUGAGAACAAUGCCACAGAAAAUCAAACACACUACUGGAUUGCUGAGGCCCUGAAAGGAGCUUUAGUUAUGGCUAGUGGUUUGGGUGAUCCUAAAUAUAACUCUUCAGUGACUGAAUUGCUCUCUGACAUCCUGAGCAAGAGUCAUACUGAAGUGCUUCGGCAGAGGAUUAAUUACUCCCAUACAGCUCCACCCAAGCCCUACUCCACUGUCCACUCCUUCCAGCCUCAGUUUCAGGCCGGACAAGUAGUAGUCGUAGGACCAGAUGAUCUCAUGGUGUCUGUGACAAGUUCCUUGAGCAGGCCAUUCGGGAGCAGACUCAUAACUCGGUCAGGUGUUAUUCUCAACAGCCUGAUCCUUGACUUCUCCUGGCCAAACAAGACCAGAGGGCAAUUCCAAUCCCACCAGAGAAAUGGAGUCCAGCCAGGAAAGAGACCCCUGACAUCUCUCAUGGCCACAAUAGUAGUGCCAGCCUGGAAGAAGUGUGGUAUCUAUAUGGCACUGAGCAGCUCAGGUGGACACAAGGGUUUUAUCACAAUAACCCAGGUGUUAAUCAGUGCUCUGUCCAACCAUAAAGAGAAAAAUGACAGCAUCUCCCUCAGAGGACCCCAUCUUCCAAACAGACCUCUUGUUGACUCUGAAUUUCCAGAGGAGAGCGUGCAGUUUUUGCAAAAGGGCGACAAAACAGUGAUGACAAACUCUGUUGUCCAGGGGAUCCUGAGGAACAAAGAUACUGUUAAAGCCAUAGCAGCACGUCAGUUAUCUGAUGGUUUAUCAUAGCUUUAUAUUUAUAUUUGAUCAACGUAAUCUUUUUCAUAAAUAUUUCUGUAGGACAUAUUUGAUCAUAUGUAGGUAAGCUGUUGUCGCACUGAAAGAUGUAACUUUAUGGUUGUUAUUCUCUAGUGUAUGAUAUUGUUGUGUUAUUAUGAUCACCAGCCUACAGAGGGCAGUGCUCCCGCAAGUACCUCCUGUUAAAAGAAGACACAAUUGUCCAUUUAAUAGGAAACUGACUUGAUUUGAUUGACUGAAUUGAUUAAAGGAACAACCUUUGACAU